CAGAGAGAGAAAGAGGCACAGUGAGAGAGAGAUGGGAAGAAAACCAUGCUGUGAUAAAGAAGGGCUAAACAGGGGAGCAUGGUCUGCUUGGGAAGACAAAACUCUCACCAAUUACAUUGAAAUACAUGGAGAAGGAAAAUGGAGAGACCUUCCUAGAAGAGCUGGGUUAAAGCGGUGCGGGAAGAGUUGCAGACUGCGAUGGCUGAAUUAUCUUAGGCCAGAUAUUAAGAGAGGUAACAUUUCGGCUGAAGAAGAAGAGCUCAUUUUCAGACUACACAAGCUUCUUGGAAACAGGUGGUCACUCAUCGCUGGAAGAUUGCCGGGACGAACUGACAACGAAAUCAAGAACUACUGGAACACCAAUCUGAGCAAGAGAGUAGAGCAAGCUUGCUCAAAACAAGACACGAAAAAAUCAGUGUCUCAACAGGUCCAGGUGAUUCGAACAAAAGCAUUUAAGUGCAAGAACGUUGUCGUUCCAUCACAUUUGGAUAAUGGUCAUGAUGAUGAUCAAAUGGCUGACAGAUCAAAUAACGUGGAUCCUGGUUUUCUAAUGGAUUUUGAUACCAACGACCUGUUCAUAUCGGACCAACUGCUAAACUCGGAUUUCCACCAAGCCCAAAGCAGUGGAUGCGAUCAAGACUUGGUGGAUGGAACGUCCAAGAUUGAAGAUUUUUUAAUGGCUACCGAUGAUCAUGAUCAUAACCCAAUAUUUCAACCAAGUGAUCUUGAAGAACCUGUAGACCUCAAUGCACUUUCAUGCUUUCUGAAUUCAGAAGAUGGUGGUCAGUGGAUCAUUAGUUAGAAUCAAACCCCACAAUAUAGCUUGUCAACGUUGCGAAACCUAUAUAAUAAUAUAUAUUAGGCGAGUUGGGCAUGACAGUGUGCCCGCUCCCUUGCACUUGAGUUUGAUGUCUCU